AUGCCUGGCGUCGUCGAUGCUCCUGCCGGCUCUGCCUGGCAGGGACUGGGUUAUACCGUUGCGCACCAGAAGGUUGAGCUGGAGCUAGACUUUGCAAAUAAGAGCCUCAAGGGAAAAACUGAAAUUACGAUCCAUCCACACUACAAAGAGCUCCGUGUUAUUCGAUUAAAUUUCCGACAGGGCGAGAUUAGGCGCUUGAAUGUCUGCGGGAAGAUACCGUCAAUGAAAUAUGCGGAUCCCUACGAGUCGCUACAACUGUACGGUCCCCAUUAUCAUCAGCGACUUGCUUCGAAAAUAGAUGGCUUGCUUAAGUCCCCGCCAGAGCCCGACCUGCUUGUGUCGGUCCCAAAGAGCGUUAGGAUCGAAGAACUUGACCCUUUCUCGGUUGAGGCCCAAGACCAAAUGGCCCUCCGUGCAACUGGCACUGCCGACGAUUCUGAAGGCCCUUUGAGCUCCAAAGCGCCAGAUACUACGCUUCCGCGUUUCACGGCACUGACGGUCAACAUUGAUUUCACUAUUGACAAUAUAAAGGAUGGGUUGCAAUUCGUGGGGGUCGAGAAUGGUGACAGACGUUAUCCACAUGCCUUCACGACAAACUCGCUUGGAUAUGGGGCCGGUUGCCCUCUUUUCCCUUGCGUUGACGACACUUCGUCACGUUGCACCUGGGAGCUUUCUAUCAAAUGCCCCUGUUCGUUGGGGGAUGUGUUUGACCGCAAACCCCGCGAUCCAUCCGGCUCCAGCGCUUCUGGGCGCCCUAAACCGACGUCGAAUUUCGGUCGAUACAUAUCUCCGGAUGAUGAAGCCUUGGACCUACUGGUGGUUUGUUCUGGUGAUAUGACAGAUGAGAUUAUUGAUCCGAAAGAUACCAGCAAGAAGACAGUAUCCUUUGCGUGUACCUCGCCGCUCUCUGCCCAGCAAGUUGGAUUUGCUGUUGGCCCGUUCGAAUAUGUCAACCUUGCACAUUUCCGGGAGAGCGACCAAGAUGAGCAGCUUGGCCAGAAUGCCAUUCCUUUGCAUGCUUUUUGCCUUCCCGGGCGAGGCGAUGAACUCAGGAACACUUGCUUUCCGAUGGCGAAGGCGAUCGACUUCUUUUCCUUAUCAUAUGGGUCGUAUCCAUUUUCAAGUUACAAAAUGUGCUUCGUAGAUGACGCGCCCGAGGAUACGUUGUCGACAGCGUGCUUGUCAAUCUGCAGCAGUCAUCUCCUAUUUCCUGAAGAUAUCAUCGAUCCGAUGUACGACGCGACCCGUGCUCUUGUUUACGGCCUAGCGUCUCAGUGGAUCGGUGUAAACAUUGUUCCAAAGGCGUCAACUGAUACUUGGGUCACAGUAGGCGUUGCGUGGUUUAUCACAGAUACGUUCAUGAGGAAACUUUGUGGGAAUAAUGAAUAUCGCUUUCGACUAAAACAGAUGUCUGAUAGAGUAUGCGAGUUGGAUUAUGAGCGUCCCUCAAUAUUUGACAUGGGAAAUAUACUCCAGCUUGACUCCUCUGAGAUUGAUUUCAUAGCACUUAAGGCCCCUCUCGUGCUUUUCAUCCUCGACCGAAGGCUUACGAAAGCUAGUGGAAAGGCCACAAUGUCCCGCAUCAUUUCUCGGCUUUUUCUCAAUGCUCGAAUGGGCGAUAUCCCGAACGGGGCGGUAUCCACUAUGCUUUUUCAAAAGACCUGUGAACGACUGGGCCAUGCGAAACUGGACUCAUUCUUUCAGCAAUGGGUCUUUGGUGCUGGAUGUCCCCGCUUUCAGGCUACACAGAGGUUCAAUAAAAAGAAGCUUGUAGUGGAAAUGAUGAUAAAGCAAGUGCAAUCGGAACAGCCUAGCACACGUGACCUGGACAAGAAUACAUUUAUGCGCGAUGUCAAGGAGGAGAUUCGGGGUAUCUAUGCCGGUGUUGUUCAGCCGGUCUUUACUGGCUCCAUGACGAUUAGAAUCCACGAAGCUGAUGGUACACCUUAUGAACAUAUUGUCGAGAUUAAAGAAGGUGUCACCAAAUUCGAUAUCCCUUAUAACACCAAAUACAAGCGUUUGAAGCGGAACAAAAGGCAGAAAGAACGAGCCGCUGCUGCUUCGGGAGGUGAUCCUAAUGCAGAAGCACAAGAAGAUGUCUUGCUUUAUUGCUUGGGCGAUGUACUCCAGAGUGAGGAAGAAAUCCAAGAGUGGAAGCUGGCUGAUUGGAGCAAGGAAGACGAAGAGCGAAUGGGCCAGGAGUCUUACGAAUGGAUUCGCAUGGACGCAGAUUUCGAGUGGGUUUGCAAGCUUUCUUUGGUGAUGCCAGGUUAUAUGUACCUUUCGCAGCUCCAGCAAGAUCGAGAUGUUAUAGCCCAGUUAGAGUCUCUACAAUAUAUGGCUGCCCAAAGAGAACACCCUUUGAUUUCCACGAUUUUUGUUCGAACCCUGAUGGACCGAAGGUACUUCUACGGAAUCCGUGUGGCCGCAGCAAAGGCCUUGAUCAGGCAUGCCAAGGAAGAAAUAAAUUGGCUGGGGCUAUUCCACCUGGAACGAGCGUUCCAGGAAUUAUUCUGUCUGCCAGGAUCACCCAUGACCCGCUCAAAUGACUUUUCCGAUAGGGCUGCUUAUGUGCUUCAAUUGGUUAUCCCAGAGGCUAUCUCGAAAGUACGAGAUAACAAUGGAAAAACACCGAUGCGCGUGAAGCGUUUUCUUUAUGACAAGCUGCGGUUCAAUGAUAAUUCCAACAACGAGUAUUCGGAUAAUUAUUAUGUCGCGACACUUAUGCAGUCUCUUUGUCACGCGAUGCUAGGCAAAGUUGAGUCUCGCUCCCAUGAUCUGGAUGAUUUCGACAUGGAGGGGGUCCUUGAGUCUCAGGCCGAAGAAAAAUUGGAGAAAGACGCCAUUGCCGAAAUUGAUAGAUAUCGAAGAAUGGAUGAAUGGUCCAGCUCGUACCAGAACAUCUAUUCUCGUACUACACUACGCUGUCAGAUACAGCUCAUGCAAGCCAAAAUAACGGAGUUAGAUAUAAUGCAGUUCCUGCCUUAUACCCGGGCCGGCACUUAUGACCUCCUUCGCUUGGAGGCAUUUGAAUGUCUCGUGGAGACCGAUAUUUUCCAGAGCCCUGAACUCCUAAGAUGGUUCAUUUUUACCAUGUCGAGCGACUCUUCUUCUUGGCUUCGACGGCGACUUCAUUACCUGUUUGGCAAGGCGCUUGCUCCUGUGGCUUUUGGUCGCGAAUCAAGCGAUAAGACCCCAGCUUCCGGUGAUGGCUUAAUCAUUGAACAAGAAUCUUCCACCGAGGUCCGCCAGGCAGAUCUCGCGCGGAGGCAGACAGUCCCUGGAGCCAUAGAGGCACUUAAAGGUGAACUCAAAAGCGACCAACUCCUCAAGGAGUCAUUAUGGGCUGCGUGCAAUUCUCCGUGCAUUGGGAUCCUGGAACUUUCCGAGUUUACUGAUCUCUGUCGCAUCUUGUAUGACCCGACCACUAGUGUGAAGGUUGCAUUGAAGUAUCCGCGGUACUGGCAAGUGAAGCAUCUCGGGAAGGGACGUCUGCAUUUUACUCGCUCCAGCAAAUUCCGCACCUCACUUCCAUCAAAAGACGCAAACCCUGCGAAACGCAAACGAGAAGAGCCGGGUAUGCCACCCCCUGCUCCUCGCAUCACAUUCAAGCAGUCAAAGCUUGGUCCAAGUACUCCGUCAGCACACCCAAGUCCACGUCCACAGCCGAUCACCAAGCUGCAAAUUCCGAAUCGAUCCUCCCCCGUACCUCAAGCGCCAUCCAGGACACCCGCCACUCCAACCACCCCAUCUACUCCUGGAGGUGGAGGGUUCAAAUUAAAAUUAAAAUUUGGCCAGAAGCCAAAAUAA